AUGAGAUGGCUAAAAUUAGACCUCAAGAGUGAAAAGGAAGACAUACAAAACAAAGAUGAGUACCUGAGCACAUUCUUGAUAGAAGUGAUAAAAGACCGAGAUAUAUUAGGAGGCCUGUUGAUUUUCUUUUCUUCUAUCCCUUCUUUUGAUUCUUUGGUUCGCCUAACUUUCAGCAGUGGGCCAAUGGUGCGCAUUAAACCAUUGCCGGAGCGAGCGAAUGGACGUAUUACAAUGAGGGAGACUACUACACAAGUUGUUCGCGAAGUGAGAUAUGAGGACGAUGACCGUGGAAGGAGAAGAUAUGAGGAUGAGAAUACUCCUUACAGAAUGAACAAUCAGUAUGCUAUUGGAUACAGUUCAUCUCCGAGGGGAAAUUACAGAGAUCUAUACAAUCAAUAUGAUACCACACAACUGAACCCCUCCUCUUCUCGAAAUUUUGCAUCCGUCAGCGAAUACAUGACUGACGAUCAACCGUACGAAACCACAUACAACAGCAGACGACAAAAUGAAUAUCAACGACAACCAUUGCACUCUAUUCAGCCUGAUGAGUAUAUGAGGGACUCGAGGCAAACCUCUAAUAGCCGUUUAGAAACAGCGCGUGAUUCUACCCAGCCAAGUGAUGUAAUGAUGUCAGCAGUACGAGGCGAAUACAGGGAGCCGCAGCGACAUUUCUCAAAACGCGAAAUGUCAGAGCUCAGUGAUAGAAGCCGUGUUGAUCAUCUCAUGAACCGCGAUGCCGUACCUGAGCGGUGUGAACGAGGGUAUGACAGCGGUCGAGAUCAGCGUCGUGAAGAUGGGUAUGGAUAUCGGCAACAGCAACAACAUCGACGACGAGAUUUCGAAGAGAGCUCUGCGAUGGCCAGACCGGCAAGGGUAGCAGAUAACAGACCUCGGCUGCAACACAGGAGAAGCUUACCGACACCAAGGCAGAAUCGCUAUCGACCUGGAGCCCGAGCACUGCAGGAAAUUCGCAAGUUGCAGAAAACCACACACAACCUCAUACCUAGACUAUCACUUCAACGUGUCGUUCGUGAAAUCGCCACUGACCUUUUUGAAGGGGAUUACCGUUUCACAUCCGAAUCACUAGAAGCACUGCAAGAGGCUGCUGAAUUUUUCUUGGUCAGCAAGUUCAGCGACGCAGCCGUAUGCGCUCUUCACGCAAAGCGUGUUACUGUAAUGCCAAGAGAUUUUCAAUUGUUGCGAAGAUUGCAAAAUUGGUUUUGUCGCAUGUCGGCGCUCGAUAGUCAGGCCAGCGGCGCUUUUACCGAGCCAGAGGAUGGCUUUGCUGACGAUGAUCUGCUUGCACCGGAUGAUAUCAGUGUGGAUUUGAGCGGAGUGCCGCCGUCCAGAUCAUUUUUGGAAAGAUCGGAUUACGAGUCCGAGCUAGGUACAGUUGAUCCCUUCGAAGAGGAUUUCACCAGCAUUGCUACUCAUGAAAUUGUCGAGGUCAUUGCCGAUGGCGAUCGCGUAGGGAGGCCCAUUAUUGUUUUUUACGCUUACCGCCUGCCACCGAGUAAAUCUAUAGAUCAUGCUCAAUUGCUUCGAUACUUACAGUCGGUUCUUGAUAAGGUGGUUGAUCUGGACUAUACGAUAGUCUAUUUUCAUUAUGGUCUCAGGAGCCACAAUAAACCACCAAUCAAGUGGUUAUUCCAAGCUUAUAAAAUUCUAGACAGGAGAUACAAGAAGAAUCUGAAAGCUCUCUAUGUUGUACAUCCGACCCGAUUUAUCCGUAUAAUUUGGGGUCUAUUCAAACCAUUCAUUUCUUCCAAGUUCGAAGAUAAAUUUCAUUAUGUGAACUGUAUAAAGGAGCUCGAAGAUGCCCUUUCAGUAGCAAGACUUAACUUACCUCAUCCCAUUCGUGUUCAUGAUGAACAAAUAAUAGCAGCGAUGGGAAGUUCACCCAAUGAUUACCGAUCUCAGACACCACCCACACCGCCAAGACCUACCCAACAAUUUGGCGUCAGUUUAGACUUCAUUCUCGCGCAUAACCCUGACAAUGAUGUGCCACCAAUUGUAACAGAACUCAUUGAUUUUCUCUCGAAACACGCACUGGAUGUGGAGGGGAUAUUUAGAAAAAGUGCAAACAUUGGCAGCAUCCGUAGACUACAAGAACGAAUUAAUAAAGGAGAGCAAAUCGAUUUUGAGAAUGAUCCAGAAUACAAGGACAAUAUCUAUAUUGCAUGCAUACAUGCCUCGGUAUUGUUGAAGACUUUCCUGCGAUCACUUGGGGAGCCAGUCACUACUAACGCUCUUUAUCCUCGUCUUGCGACAUUGGCAGAUGUACCGAAAGGUGAAAAGACGCCGGUUGUGAAGGAAUUCGUUGCGCUACUUCCUCGACCAAAUUAUAUUCUACUGAAGACUGUGGUUGAAUUUUUGACCAAGGUGGCGGCCAACCAUAAAGUAAAUCUCAUGACUGCAAAUAAUCUCAGUGUCGUUUUCGGCCCAAAUCUUACGUGGCCUACUGAUCAGCAAGUGCCUAUAGCCCAGCUGAACAACUUGAACAAUUUCUGCUAUCGACUUAUAGUUGACUACGACAAGAUUUUCAAAUAAUCACACAAUCUUUAUAUUUAUCAUUUCGAUUAUAUACAUAAUGUAAUAAGUCCUAAUUUCGACCCUUUGUAACGAAUAAUCUUCUUUCUGCACUCAUCUACUUGCACAACUGCAUUUCCAGGCCUUCGUGAAAAUAGCGGUUAACAUUUUUACUUGCUUUUGACUCCCUUCUUACCCUGGCUGUGUUGAAAAUCGCGUCUAUGUGACGCGCUGUCUUGUCCGUGUUAUGGUUGUGAUAUCCUUUUUGGUGAUUAAUGCCAAGUUGUGAUUAAGUGCGAAUUAUCGAAAUAAAAAGUGCAUUAGUACUUGUCCUUUCAUUUUCUCC